GGGAGGUAAGUCGUUAUUAAAAGCUACGUCAAGAACAAGGAAUACAAUGCCAGUAAUGGCAAAGUAAACCCAAUUGAGUUUGCAGGGGUUUGUUGUAUUCGCUUUUCAUGGUGACGUGUUACGAAGGCCCGCCCCUACUACGCUGUUUGUCCCUCCUCUCCUUCCAUCCGCUACCCCGGAAGAAGGAGGAACAAAAAGAAAAGCGACGACGCGCCUGGCAGCGACGCUUCCCGCCGAUGUGCCGCUUGCUCUUAAAAAAUGGAGAGCGACACCACCGUCCGGAGAAUAAAGCCACCGUUCGGGACACACAGCGAUGGAGCGCCGCCCCACGCGGGCUCCGGGGGCUACUCGGAGGACAACAACGGCUGGAACGGCAGCGGCGUUAGUGAGCCGAAGAGGAAGCCCGACGUGAACUUGUACCUGCUCCGAGAGGGGCCGGCGACUUCCCUGGUGUGCGUGUUUAUUCUGCUUCUGUGGGGACUCGUUCACUUGUCUCUGCAGCAGCUCGUCAUAGGGAAGCCGAGCGGGGAGUUCAACGCGGAGAGAGCCAGGCAGCACCUGGAGCGCAUCACCAGCGUGGGGCCACGGCCGGUGGGCAGCCACGAGAACGAGGUGUUGACUGUGAACUACUUGCUGGAGCAGAUCGAGAAGGUCCGCGCGACCACGGCGGAAGGCCCUCACCAUCAGCUCAGCGUGGACGUGCAGCGGCCCACCGGCUCCUUCUCCAUCGAUUUCUUGGGCGGCUUCACCAGCUUCUAUGACCGCGUCACCAAUAUCGCCGUGCGCCUGGAACCCAAAGGCGGCUCGCAGCAUCUCAUGCUGGCCAACUGCCACUUUGACACUGUGGCCAACAGUCCAGGUGCGAGCGACGAUGCCGUGAGCUGCGCCGUCAUGCUGGAAAUCCUCCGCUCGCUCGCCAACCAUUCCACUCCUCUUCUCCACGGCGUCAUCUUCCUCUUUAACGGGGCGGAGGAAAACGUCUUACAGGCCAGUCACGGGUUCAUCACUCAGCACCCGUGGGCCAAACAGGUGCGAGCCUUCAUUAACUUGGAGGCCGCAGGCGUCGGUGGCAAGGAGGUUGUUUUCCAGACAGGUCCGGAGAACCCCUGGCUGGUCCAGGCGUACGUGCACGCCGCCAAACACCCCUUCGCCUCCGUGGUGGGCCAGGAGGUCUUCCAGAGCGGCAUCAUCCCCUCCGACACGGACUUUCGCAUCUACAGGGACUUUGGUAACAUCCCAGGCAUUGACCUGGCGUUCAUCGAGAACGGGUUCAUCUAUCAUACCAAGUACGACACUGCUGACAGAAUCCUCACAGGCUCCAUUCAGAGAGCAGGGGACAACAUCCUGGCCGUCCUCAAGCACCUGCUCAUGUCGGAGAAGCUGGCCGACUCCUCCGAGUAUCGCCACGGCAACAUGGUCUUCUUCGACGUGCUGGGCGUAGCCGUGGUGGCGUACCCGGCGCGCGUCGGCACCAUCCUCAACUACAUGGUCGCCGUGGCAACCUUCGUGUAUCUGGCCAGGAAAGCCUCUCAGCCAGGCAACCGCGGCAGGCGUUACGUUCGAGAUCUGGCAUGCGCCACGGGCGUGGCGCUGCUCAGCUGGUUGGCGGCCUUGCUGUCGGUUCUGAUCGUGGCCGUGCUGGUGACGCUGCUGGGCCGCUCCAUGUUCUGGUACACCCACUUCUACGCCUCAGUGUGUCUCUAUGGUUCCGCCGCCACCGGCAAGAUGGUGCUGGUGCACACGUUGGCCAAGAACCUCUACUACAGGGGCGUGCGCAUGGUGGAGUUGGGCGAGCUGUACCUGGACGUGAGCCUCUUGCUGUGGUGCUGCAGCCUGCUGUGGAUGACCCAGCGCGGCCUGUGCUCGGCUUAUGUGCCCAUGCUCAUGGUGGCCUUCCCGCUGGUCGCCAAGCUGGUGCUGGCCAACGAGUUCAGGAACCGAGGCGCGUCGCUCAAGUACAGCGUCCUGUAUCUGGCGGGCCUGGCCUUGCCCUACCUGCAUAUCAUGUUCCUCAUUUGGGUGGUCUUUGAGAUCUUCACGCCCAUCAUGGGCCGCAGCGGCACCGAGAUCCCCCCCGAGGUGGUCUUGGCCGCCCUGGUUACCAUGGCCACCGUUUUCCUCUCCUCCUUUUUCCUCCACUUCGUCUACUUGGUGAGGAGCACCAAGUGGAUUCUGGCGGGCCUGGGCUCCGUCUUCACCGUCACGUUCCUGCUGGUGUCCUGCGGCCUCCUCUUCCCGUAUUCGGGAAAUCCCGAUAGCCCGCGGCCCAAGAGGGUCUUCCUACAGCACACGACACGCACCUUCCGCGACGUGCAGGGCCGCGUGGAGUGGCGCGACUCGGGCGUGUGGAUCAACAGCUUCGACUACACGGGCAUGCAGCACUUGGCGCCACACGUGCCCCACAUCGACGACGACGGCGUGCACACCCGUUGCCGCGACGACCGGCCCUUCUGCGGCUUCCCCUGGUUCCUGCCCGUCAAGUUCCUCAGCAAGAAGAGCUGGUACCUCCCCGCUCCCGACGUUUCUCCGAGCUCCCCGGUGGACUUCCGCCUGGUGUCCAAGGAGCAGACCGCCUGGGGAACGGUCAAGAUGACGUUCAGCGUCAAAGGGCCCAGCCACAUGUCGCUCUACUUGAUGCCUCACCGCGGAGCGAGUCUCUCCACGUGGUCCUUCGGAGACGGCACGGCGCGCUUUGACCUGAGCGGAGAAUACUUUGUCUUCUACUCGCACGGCCUGGACGCGCCCACGUGGACCUUCUGGUUUGAAAUACAGCCGCCCAGCGAGUCGUCCCCGUCGGUGUCGGGCCCCGAGGGGAUGAUCUCGGUGGCCAUCUCCACCCACUACUUCUUCGGGGAGGACCAGAAGACGCCUCGGCUGGAGGAAAUCCUCGGCCGUUUCCCCUCGUGGGCCUUCCCCUCGUCUUGGGUCAGCACCUACGACAUGUACCGAUACUGAGGCGCCCGCCCGCACAGGUUCUCCAUGUCUUCACGGGCACGCGCACACACGCAGCCUGAGAGACCCCCAGCAUCACUGUGUCAAGUAGCAAGUUGACGCCCCGCUCGCUCGGUGCAAACAAGUUUGAUUUGAUUUCUCUCCAAUCUGUGGUGCCUUCUUUCUUCCCCUCACAUGCUAACACACUAAGACGCUACCUCCUCCUCUUCAUCAGCACACAUCAAGUAGACCACUAGCAGCAGACUCAACAGUUUGGAACCGGGUAUGGUUUCAAAGUAGGCUUUCAAUCGGGGUCAGGGCUUCGAAGUUGCCUUUCAAAGCAGGUUCAGGGUUUGAAAGUACGGUUCAAAGACAAAGUUCUGCUUUCAGAGUAGUGGGUGUGAUUACGGUUUCAAAUUGGAGUUGUAAAGCAGGGUUAGGGUUUCAAGAUUAUAGUUUCAAAGUAAGGGUGCAAAUUUAUCAUUUAAAUACGUCAUUAGGGUUUCAAGCAGGAUUAGGGUUCGAAAGUAGGGUUUCGACUCAGAGUUAGACUUUCAAAUUAGUGUUCGAAGACAUGGUUGGGGUUUCCAAUGUGAGUUUAAGGCCCGCAUUAGGGUUUGAAAUUGGGUUUUCUAAAGCAGGAUUGGGAUUUCACGCAAGAUUUUGGGUUUUCAAGAUGGGGUGAGGGAUUCGGGACAGGGAGUGAGGAUAAGCGGUUUGAAAAAUUGAUGGAUGGAUGGACGAGCAUGCUGCUGCCGAUGCCACUGUCGACUUUAAUCACGUUUCGGAUAUUUUUAUUAUUUUCCCACCACCGGAUGACGCGAGUGACGGCGCCUUCCCAAAAAUCUCAAAAUGUGAAAUCCGUUUUGUGUUUGUCGUUUUCUGCUUUUCAAGCGUCGCGUUGGGAAAAUGCGCUUCAGCUGUCGUCACGGUAACGGAGUUGCGCCGAAACAGGAGCACCUGACAGCGGUUGCUGUGGCCGUCGCAAUAACAGUCACGUUGUAGGGUUUUCAAACAGGGUUUGAAUUUCAAGCAGUGGUGAGAGAUUCAAAUUGGGGCUUCACGACAGUAUGUGGGUUUUAAAUUAAGGUUUAAAAACAGGAUUAAGGAUUCAAAUCAGAUUAAAUAGAAAAGCCAUGUCGACAAUUUUGUUGCCUUUAAAAAAAAAAAAAAAAAAACAUUUCUUGACUCCAAAA